CUCCUCUUCUUCUGGGGAUCUCCUGGGCCGAAGGGGAGAGAACUGUUUCGGUCCUCUUAAGGGGACCUUCGUUCGUUUCUUAGUAAUAUUUUGAUCUUCUGGUAAAUCCAGUGCUAACGAGUGCGGGGAGGAGUUGGCAUCAAGCUAUGAAGCUUCCUUUUGUUUAGGAUCUCUUCCAUAACUUCCGUUCUAUGGAACUAAUGGAGAAACUGUAGAUUUAUGGUCUCUCUACUCUUUACACGGACCAAAUUGGUUCGCAGAAUAAUAGUUCUUUAGGUACAGGGAAUUCACACAUGCUUUAUUCCAUGAGGUGAUGAAGUCUGCAGUGUACACCGUUUAUUCUGCAUUCAUCCCUCGUCAUCUUCAUAAUAUUACAACCCACGGAAAGAAAACCUUUGACAUACCGAAUGGACCUUCUCUACGGUUCAAGAGAUUUCAUUCUUGUAUGGAUGAAGAUCUUGUUUGUUCCAGAACCACUAUCGAUCGGAAAUAUUUUCCACAGUUGUUUAGCAUUGCACCCAUGAUGGACUGGACAGACAACCACUACAGGACUCUUGCUCGAUUAAUAUCAAAACAUGCAUGGCUUUAUACAGAAAUGGUUGUCGCAGAAACUAUUGUUCAUCAAAGUGAAAACCUGGAUAGGUUCUUGGCAUUUUCUCCCAUACAACAUCCUGUUGUUCUACAAAUUGGUGGGAGUAAUUUGACAAACCUGGCAAAGGCAGCUGAGCUUGCAAAUUCUUAUUCUUAUGAUGAAAUUAAUCUCAAUUGUGGAUGCCCUAGUGGAAAAGUUGCAGGCCAUGGUUGCUUUGGUGCACGUCUAAUGUUUGACCCAGAGUUUGUUGGAGAUGCUAUGUCAGCCAUUGCUUCCAACUGUGAUGUUCCUGUCAGUGUGAAAUGCAGAAUAGGUGUCGAUGAUCGUGAUUCUUAUGAUGAACUCUGUAAUUUCAUACAUACUGUUAGUUCUAGAUCACCGACUAAGCAUUUUAUAAUACAUGCAAGGAAGGCGUUGCUCAAUGGCCUCAGUCCUGCUGCGAAUCGGAAAGUUCCCCCUCUAAAAUAUGAGUACUAUUUUGCCUUAUUACGUGAUUUCCCGGAAAUUUGUUUUACUAUAAAUGGAGGCAUCACAUGCAUUGAUCAGGUUACUGCAGCUCUAAGAGAAGGAGCUAAUGGUGUCAUGGUUGGUCGUGCUGCUUAUAAUAACCCAUGGAAUACUUUGGGACAUGUUGACAGUGAAGUAUAUGGUGCUUCAAGUUCAAAUCUUUCUCGCCGUCAGAUCCUUGAAAAUUAUCAAAUGUAUGGUGACUCUGAACUAGGAAAAUAUGGACCCAACAAGCCAAAUGUUAGACAAAUGGUAAAGCCAUUGUUAAACCUAUUCCACUCUGAGCCUGGUAAUGGUCUUUGGAAACGUAAGGCUGACACUGCAUUGCGACACUGCACGACAAUCAAGUCCUUUCUCGAAGAAACCUUGGAUGCCAUUCCGGACAAUGUGUUAGAUUCGACCCUUCUAAAAAAUCCAUCAAUUGGGGAAGGGGGAUUUGCUGGCAUCAACAGUUUGCCACCUCCCCCCUAUCGAUCAUGUGAAAAACAAGCCUCAAGCAUUAUUGGUGCAUAAGUGAUUAAUCUUCUACCAAAAUAUCCAAUUUGACCACUUGGUUCUGGUGGAUCCUCGAAACUGGGUGUUGUACAUUCAGUCUGCAGCUACUAUGCUCAUCUUGCAUCAUUAUCAAUACGGCAAAAUCACUGUUGUUCGGCUCGCCCUGCCAGCCACAGAGCAUGUUAAGCAUGAUGAAGGUUCUUGCUUGCUUCUGGCCAUAGAUUGCUGGUUUGUUUGGGAAAACAAGAGGCAACAUAUGGAGCACAUCAUUGAAUGUAGAAGUGAAUUUUGGGCCCUUCCUGUAUAAUGUUAUGCAUCUUAAAGACUACUGAAAUUAAUAUUUAUUAUUAUCUUAUCUUAUUAUAAACACUUCGUCAUCUCCAUACUUAAUUGUAUGAAAGUGUGGAAGUUAAGGAACUGAUCAGCAUCCAAUUUGUUUGAUUUCAAUUAUCACAUCACCACAUCUCUAGCGUUCUGAGCAGCUUCUUUUGUUUAUGAUAUUUGAGCUGACAUGUAUGUGCAACUUCUCUACCCUUACCAAUCUAUGUUAUGUGGUAUUUGUAUUGAACCAAUCACACUUUAGUACCUUUAUGGAUAAGAUAAUGAAUGACUCCUAUCAUGGAGUUAUUUGGUGAA